UCACAUAACCAGUUUUCGUGAUUUGUGCGUGUGUGCGACGGUAAACAACGCAUAUUAUAAGCGUCCCAAGUGAGACAAACCAAAGAAAAAAUUUACAAUGGUGCGAAUUUGUUUUUUGUGUCAGAAAAAGGCAGCAAAGGAUGGAAAUUUUGCAAUGCACAAAUUUCCAAAAGAGGUGAGCAUUCGGGCACAGUGGUUACAUGCCUGCAAAUUAUCUGACAAGGACAAUGUGAUACAUGUACACAUUUGCUCCGAUCACUUUGUACCAAGUGAUUAUAAAAAUAGCAUAGGACUGUGUAGCAGAAAGUGGUUAUUGAAACCAGGAGCAGUGCCUUCCGUUAAUGUGCCAAAUCCUCCAGCUGCCGAAUUGCAGUUCCAGUCAACAUCUGAGAUUAUAAUGGACGAGACACGAUUAGUGCCUUCUAUUGAUGUUCCAAAUCCUUCAGCUGCCGAACUGCAGUCCCAGUUAACAUCUGAUUAUACAAUGGACGAGACACGUAAGAUUGAAACAUAAAAAUUUUUUUUAUUGAGGGUAGGAAAUACUGACAAGAGUAUUGUUACAGCUAUGGUUCAACAUUAUUUAUAUUGUUUUAUAGAAUCAGUACCUUCUAUUGAUGUUCCUCCAGAUUUCACAUCAGUUUCAAAUGUAGGAGAACUGGAAUUUUCAACAUCCAAGAAUGUGAUGGAUGAGACACGUAAAUUUAAAACUAAACUAUUUUUCUUGAGGGUACUAAAUACUGAAAGGAGUUGUUAUAGCUUUAGUUGAACGUAAUCCAUGUUGAUUUAUUAAUAACAGUAAUAAUGACUUGCUUGAACUAUUAAAAACGCUUUUAUCUAAAAA